CACGUUGUGUUGACAGGGAAUGGGAGUCAGGCUGGCUGGGGGCUGCAGCCAAGGCGCCAAAAGGCCCCUGUGCGCUUUGACGGUGCAUUAUAUAAAAGGAGAAUCACAGCAUCCCCAGGAUUCACCCAAGAGAAGGCAGCCAACACCCUGCAAAGAGAGUCCCAGGAUCAUCAUGUCCCCCCAAACGACACUUCUAGCAGUGUUCCUGGUGACCUUCUCAGUUUCCCAUUCUCACCCUUUGCAGAACAGUUUCGGGGACUACAUUAGUCAAUUGACGCAUGACAAGGAUGGUGCGGAACAAGCCCAGCGGUUCAAACUAGGGCAAGGGACAACAAAAAACUUGAAGGAACGCCUCCAAGAUGGAGCCAACCACAUGGGCAAUAUUCUUGAGAAGUUGGCCCCACUGAGCAGUGGGUUCCAACCCUGGUUCUACCAAGAUGCAGAUGGCCUUCAGAAGCUCAUCAAGAGGGAAAUGGAAGGCCUCCGCAUGAAGCUCUCUCCUUACAUGGAUGAGGUGGGCCAACAAAUCAGCCGGACCUUGGAAAAUCUGCGUUCCCGCCUGACUCCCGUCAUGGAGGAGCUGCUAGGCCAGGUCUCUUUGCAUGCAAGGGAGCUGCACCAGCAGGUCAGGUUUGACCUCAGCCUGAUGAGCCACUCGCUUGGCAAUGUGGAUGAAAUCCAGAUGUUUGCAACCUCUUAUGGGGAAAAGAUGGCUUUUCUCACCGACCACGUGAAGGCCAUUUUCCACCCUUACGUUGACCGGCUUGUAAGUGAGAUCCGCCGUAGUGUGGAUGAGCUCCACAGAAACGUGGUGCCUCAGUCCACCGCCACUCGGGAACAACUUAGCCAGUACAUACAAGAGUUCUCUGAGAAGCUGACCCUCAAUGUUCAGGACCUCCACCUCAACAUUGAGAGAAGCCUGGAGCACCUGAAGGGGCAGCUGAGCCUUCAUUCAACCAUCUUGGCUGCAUGGCACUCCGCCUCUGGUCGGCAGAGAAGUCUUGGGCAGGACGCAGGGACCUACUUGGAUGCUAUGGGUCAGGAGGUCCAGGAGAGGAUUGAGGAAUUCAGAAGAGACACCGUCCUUCAAAUAGACAACUUCACAAGGGCCCUGGACAGGGAAAUGGGAGAAAUGAAGCUCAAGCUGUCAACACCCCCUUCCUAUUUGGGGGAGCUGCAGGAAAACCCCAUACCCCUGGAGGAUUUGCACACAAGACUUGACUCCCUGUGGAAAGACAUUUCUCAGGGUCUCAAAGAGCUGAGCAGCAGCCUUUCCUGAAACCCUUGCCCUGCGCAAACAGCCAGGCGGCCGGUCGCUUUUGGGAACUAUUUGGCCCGCAGGGCAAAGUACUAUCUGACCUUUUAGGCUUUUUGAGACAUGGGUGAUGCCAGGCUCUUGUGUUUAUUGUUGUGACAAAAGGUAUCUAAAUUUUACACAUUGCUUUUGCAGUGAGAUGAUUCUCUCUGCUCCCCGAAUACACCAUUGUACAGAGAGACAAAGAUCUGAGAUUUACCAUCUGCAGAAAAUAAAAACAGAAAUGAAAAAACCUA